AUGACAUCACGUUAUCAAUGCAAUAAACAUUGUAAUGAAGUGAUAAGGUCACUUGGUGUUCUUGACUUGGAGAAAAUAGGAAAUGACUCUAAUGUAUCAGAAUUUGUUCUUCUGGGUCUAUCAUCCUCUUGGGAGCUGCAACUAUUUCUCUUCUUACUAUUUUUGAUGAUCUACAUGACUAUUGUCCUGGGAAACUUCUUGAUAAUGGUGACGGUGUGGACUGAUGGCCAUCUGCUUCAGUCUCCUAUGUACUAUUUUUUGAGCCAUCUCUCCUUCAUUGACUUAUGUCUGAGCUGUGUUACUGUGCCCAAGAUGUUAGGAGAUUUUCUAAGACAGGAAAAAACCAUCUCCUUUUCAGGAUGCCUGGCCCAGAUCUACUUUCUUCACUUUCUGGGAGCCAGUGAAAUGCUUCUGCUGACAGUCAUGGCCUACGAUAGGUAUGUUGCCAUCUGCAAUCCUUUGCACUACCUGACUGCCAUUAACCGCCAGCUAUGUCUUCAGUUGAUUUUUGCCUGCUGGUGUUGUGGUUUCAUCCAUUCUAUUACACAGGUAAUUCUGAUCAUCAAGCUGCCCUUCUGUGGUCCCAAUGAACUGGACAACUUCUACUGUGAUGUUCCACAGGUCAUCAAGCUGGCAUGCAUGGACACUUCUGUCGUAAAGUUGCUGAUGGUCUCCAAUAGUGGUUUGCUAUCUCUUAUCUGCUUCUUGGUCUUGAUAAUUUCCUAUGCUGUCAUCCUAAUGGCCUUGAGGACUCGAUUCCUACAGGGCCAAAUUAAGGCACUCUCUACUUGUGCCUCUCACUUAACAGUGGUCAGCCUGAUUUUUGUGCCAUGCGUAUUCAUCUACCUGAGACCUUCCUGCAGCUUCUCUGUGGAUAAAGUAUUCUCUGUAUUCUAUACAGUGAUCACACCUAUGUUGAACCCUCUCAUCUACACACUCAGAAAUGCUGACAUGAAGACAGCUAUGCAGAAACUGAGAAAAAAGCACGUGACAUUCUGCUACCAUUUUGAAGGAUGA